UCUGACAGCGCUCUGGCCUCUGCUUCUUGCCUUGCGUUGCGACUGCUAUUCUUGUGAUAUACUUACGGCGAUUGCGAUUGUGACACCUACACGUCCCCCCACACUCUACCACAAGCAAACCAUCCACCCACUCUACGACUGUUGCCCGGCCCCCUCUCGGCAGUCGCAGACUAAAGAUAUAGACGCAAACGCAGACACAGACAUAGACAAGCAAGCGACAAGCGUUAGCAGCAGCCAACAUGUCGUGGGCAGGCUUCAAGAAGAAUGUCAACCGCGGCGCGACCCAGCUGAUGAUGAAGACGGGCCACGUCGAAAAGACCAACGACCGCGACUACGAGGUGGAAGAGCGACGCUUCCGAACCAUGGAAGCCGCAUCCUUGCGCCUGCAGAAGGAAGCCAAGGGAUACCUCGACUCCCUCAGAGCCAUGACCGCCUCUCAAAUGCGCAUUGCCGAGACCAUCGAUGCCUUCUACGGGGACGCCGGUGCCAAGGACGGCGUAAGCAGGAGUUACAAGCAAGCCGUCGAGGACCUCGAUGCAGAGACCAUCAAGGCCUUGGACGGUCCAUACAGGACCACCGUCCUCGAGCCCAUAAACCGAUUCUGCGCAUAUUUCCCUGACGUGAACGAGUGUAUCAAGAAGCGAGGCCAUAAACUCCUAGACUACGAUGCUCUACGCGCGAAGGUCAAGAAGCUUGCCGAAAAGCCCGACAAGGACGUCACCAAACUCCCUCGCACGGAGAAGGAGAUGGAGAUUGCCAGAGCUGCGUACGAACAAUUGAACGACCAGCUCUCCGCCGAACUACCACAGCUCAUCGAUCUGCGAGUGCCCUACCUGGAUCCCAGCUUCGAGGCUCUCGUCAAGAUUCAACUCCGGUUCUGCGCCGAAGCCUACAGUCGAAUGGCCCAAGUACAACAAUACCUCGAUGCCGAUACGAGAGAUCAAUACGCCCAAGGACAUCUGGACAGCCGGGUCGAGCAGGUCCUGCAGGAGAUCAGGGAGUUGAGCAUCAGUGGGACUGUCUAAGGUGCCAGAAUAAAUAAUACUUGAGAGAGAGGAGCAUGGAAAAGGUCGACUGGCACGGUUUUGGAGUUCAACAGGUAUGGCCUGAUUGCUUUGGGCAUGAUUUCGUGUCCCACACCCCAGAGGAUGGAUUACCUCUAUUUCUCGGCAUACAUAUUUACAGGCGGAUAAAAGAGUAUGAAUAUACUUGAUCGAUACCCUACUCAACUUCCCGCGUUCUAGGCGCCUUAGACAAAGGUUGCUCCAUGUGACUGGAUAAUAUCAUCCUCCAG